AAGACGAAGAAGAAGGGAAGGAAGGAAGGAAGGAAGGAAGGAAGAGAAGUGAGGAAGACGAAAAAGAAGAGGAGGAGGUGGAGGUGUGAAGGAAAAGAUACAAAGAAUUAGCACAGAAGAAGGAGAGAGAGAGAGAGAGAGAGAGAGAGAGAGAGAGAGAGAGAGAGAGAGAGAGAGAGAGAGAGAGAGAGAGAGAGAGAGAGAGAGAGAGAGAGAGAGAGAGAGAGAGAGAGAGAGAGAGAGAGAGAGAGAGAGAGAGAGAGAGAGAUAGAGAGAGAGAGAGAGAGAGAGAGAGAGAGAGAGAGAGAGAGAGAGAGAGAGAGAGAGUAAAAAGGAAACGAAGGAAAAGAGGAAGAGAGGGAAAAAAGGAAUAGAGAAAUAGAUUAAAAAAAGAAAAGAAAAAGAGAAGCAAAGAAGCACUCAAAUUGAAGAAAACGCUAAGGGUGGUUGCAUCUGCAUGGCUAAGUCCCUGCUUGGUGGAGGCGGCGGAGGAGGAGGAGAAGGAGGAGAAGAUGUAGGAGUAGGAGGCGAAGGAGGAGGCGGAACAGAAGCACCAGGGGAUUUUUCAGCAAUGGAGGCGAGCAACAGUAACCACCACCCUCACAACCACACCACCACAACCACCUCCUCCUGCACCAAAAAUAAAGGAUGCUUCGUCGGGAGGGGCCUUGGAGUCCUUCUUGCAGUGGCCUUCGCGUGCGGGUUGGUGGCUACCGGGCUCCUGGUCUACUACUGCGCCCCCCACGACAGACAGACGGAAAGUGAUGUUUUGUUACCCAGAGUUCAGCCCAACGUGCGGAAGACGCCUCAGGGCCGCAGACGCAUCAACUGCACCACCAGAAAACUAGGCAGUGUUAAGGGCCCCGCCACCACCAGCCCCUUCCCUUUCUCCUCCUCCCCUUCUUUCAUUCCUCCCACCACCUUCAGCGUCCCCAACACCGUGACGCCCCAAGAGGAGGAGCUGGACGUGCGCCUCCCGCGAUCCCUGCGUCCGCUACACUACCUGGUGAAGCUGCAGCCGCUCAUCAACGGCAACCUGAGCAUCCUGGGCUACGUGGAGGUGGAGAUGGAGGUGCUGGAGGCCACGACCAACAUCACCCUCCACAUCGCCGACAUCAUCACCCACAACGACACCAUCAGGGUGACGACCCCCGAGGACCUGGACGGGCCGAGCCUCAAGAUCCGGAAGCACGAGUACGACCACGAUAAGCAGUUCUACCUGGCCCACCUGGAGGAGCCGCUGCUGGAGGGCCAGAAGUACAUCCUCUCCAUGGCCUUCGAGGGUCACCUCAACGACCAGCUGCACGGCUUCUACAGGUCCACCUACAGAGACGCUGACGGCACGGAGAAGGCGAUGGGCGUGACGCAGUUCCAGGCGACGGACGCGCGGCGGGCCUUCCCGUGCUUCGACGAGCCGGCGCUCAAGGCGACUUUCGAGGUGUACUUGGGGCGGCAGCUGAACAUGACCACCAUCUCCAACAUGCCCAUCAUCGAGACCAUUCCCAUGUUAGUGCAGAUGAUAAUGGUUUGGAAAUCAUGGCGCGAGUGUGUUAUGCGUUUAAAUAGCUUUGUCCUGUCACCCACAAAAUUCACUUUCAUCGGCAGGGCCAAUCAGAAGGGCUGGGUGUGGGACCACUAUGACACCACCGUGCCCAUGUCCACCUACCUCGUGGCCUUCGUCGUGUCGGACUUCGCCAACCUCUCCACAACACCCAACAACAAGACCCUCUUCAGGGUGUGGGCGCGGGAGUCGGCCAUCCAGCAGGCAGAGUUUGCCCGGCAGGUCGGGCCGCCCAUCCUCCUGUACUUCGAGGAGUACUUCAACCAGUCGUACCCGCUGCCCAAGCAGGACAUGAUUGCCAUUCCAGACUUUUCCGCCGGCGCCAUGGAGAACUGGGGCCUCAUAACGUACAGAGAGACAGCCAUGCUGUACGACGCGCGGGUGUCGGCGGCCUCCAACAAGCAGUACGUGGCGGCGGUGGUGGCGCACGAGUUGGCGCACCAGUGGUUUGGCAACCUGGUGACGCCCAGUUGGUGGACGGACCUGUGGCUCAACGAGGGAUUCGCCUCCUACGUGGAGUACAUCGGCGUGAAUCACGUGGAGCCGUCGUGGCAGGUGAUGGAGCAGUUCGUGCUUAACGAACUGCACAUCGUGUUUGGGCUGGACAGUCUAGAGUCCUCGCACCCCAUCAGCAUCCCCGUGGGCCACCCGGACGAGAUCAGUCAGAUCUUUGACAGGAUAUCAUACGCCAAAGGAGCUUCCAUCAUCCGAAUGAUGAACCAUUUCCUGACGGAGGUGGCCUUCAGGCGUGGCCUCAGCACCUAUUUAGAAGCUUUCAAGUACGACAACGCGGAGCAGGACGACCUGUGGCGGCACCUGACGGAGGCGGCGCACGCGGUGGGCACGCUGCCGCCGGAGCUGAGCGUCAAGGCCAUCAUGGACACGUGGACGCUGCAGAUGGGCUACCCCGUCAUCAGGGUGGAGCGGAGCCCCGACGGCACCUCGGCCAGCGUCUCCCAGGAGCGGUUCCUGCUGGUGAAGGACGACAGCGCCGAGGACACGCACGACUACAAGUGGUGGGUGCCGCUGACCUACACGGGCCAGCAGCGGCCGGACUUCAGCCAGACGGAGCCCCAGGUGUGGAUGAAGGACUCGGAGGCGCAGGUCACCGUCAAAGGCCUGCCCCCCAAGGACCAGUGGGUCAUCUUCAACCUGCAGCAGACCAGCUACUACAGGGUCAACUACGACCAGCACAACUGGAACCUGCUCAUCCAGCAGCUGCUCAACGACCACAGCGCCAUCCACACGGUCAACAGGGCGCAGAUCAUUGAUGACGUCAUGAACCUCGCCAAGGCCGGUCAGAUGACUUACGGCACGGCCCUUGGAGUGUACAAUUAUUUAGGCGCCGAGACCGAGCUGGUGCCUUGGGCGGCGGCCAUCGACAACCUGGCAUACCUGAAGGAGAUGUUUGCACGCACGGGCGGCUACGGCGCGCUCAAGAAGUACCUGCUGGACAUCGUGGUGCCGCUGUACGACCUGGUGGGCUUCCACGACCAUGAGAGUGACCCGCUGCUGGACCAGUACAAGCGGCAGAAGGCGCUGUCGUGGGCCUGCGAGCUGGAGCACAUGGACUGUCUUGCCAACGCCGCCGCCAGCUACGCCGCCUGGAUGGCCGACCCGGAUAACAGCAGCAUCAUCUCCCCAAACCUCAAGUCGACGGUGUACUGCCACGCCAUCGCCGCCGGGGACGAGGAGGAAUGGAACUUCGCGUGGGAGCAGUACCUCACCGCCAACGUGGGCUCCGAGAAGAACCGCCUCCUCUCCGCCAUGGGCUGCACCAAGCACACCUGGAUUCUCUCAAGGUAUCUGGAGAUGGCGUUCAGCUCCGAGAGUGGCAUCAGGAAGCAGGACGCCUUCCGGGUGUUCGGGAGGGUGGCCAGCAACGAGGUGGGGCGCCCGCUGGCCUGGGCUUUCCUGCAGGACCGCUGGCACGACAUCUACGAGUUCUACGGCAAGGCCAAGUCUCGCCUCAUUAAGUCGGCCACCAGGAGUUUCAACACCCAUCUGCAGCUGAAGGAGCUUCGGGCCUUUCACCGCGAGCACCUGGACGACCUAGACUCCGCCUCUCGCGCCGUGCAACAGGUCAUCGAGCGCACCAAGGUCAACAUAGCCUGGAUGCGGACCAACUAUGAGGUCAUCGUGGAGUGGCUGGACCAGAGCGGCUACUCCACCAAGCUCAGGAACGCCUAAUCUUUGUACCUCUUUUUCUCCCUUUCUCGCUAAUCCGUAUCCCCUCCUCUCCUCUUCUUAGUAACGCCUAUUCUCUUUCUCUCUCUCUUUCUUACUCUUCCUUAUCCAUUCCUCUCCUCAUCAUAGUAACGCCUAUUUUCAUUCACUCCCUUACUCACUACUCCUUAUGCACUCCUCUUCUUAGUAAGGCCUAUGCUCAUAUUCUCUUUCUCUCUCUUUCUUUUUACUCCUAGCUCACUCCUGCCUUCCUAUUUUUAACGUGUACGCAUCUCUCUCUCUCUUUUUUUUUCUUUUCAUGCUAUUUCUCCCAUUAUCCUCCCCUUAUACUCCCCUCCCUUUAGUCUCUUUUUUCUCUCGUUUUCCAAUACUUUCCCUCUCUUUCGAACGUCUAGUCUCUGUCUCUCCCUUUUUUUAUCUUUCUCUCUAUUCCUUAUUCACUCCUCUCCUCUUAUCUCUCGUACCCAUUCCAUGAUUCCUAUUCCAUGAGGUUCUUUCCAUCACUACUACUACUACUACUACUACUACUACUACUACUUCCUUAUCCAUUUAUCAUCUUAUUAUUCUUCCUCCCUUCCAUUUAGUUCUCUUCAUUCUAUUCUAUUCCCCUCCAUCCCCUUCUUUCUUCCCCAUUAUUCCUCUUCCUUUCAUCUACUUCUUAUGAUUUUCCUUUCCUUUCCAUCAUCCAGUCCUGUUCUACUUCUUCCAUCCACUCUCUGUAUCAUGUCCUUGCCACUCCACCACCACUAUCACGACCUCAUCCACCCAGUUAUCCUUAAUUUCCUUCCUUUUAUUUCAUCCAGUUCUCUCAUUACCUCUUUCGCAUCCUAUAACCUUCGUCCUAUCCACUUCUGUCAGUCUUCUAUCUCCUUCCCCUUCCUAGAUCCAUCCCAUACCUCUCCUUUCCAUCCCAUAAUCCUCAUCCCAUUCACCACUGCCACAUCACCCUAAAUCCACUACUCUGACUUCUACGUACUACUGUUCACCACACCACUCAUCCUCCCUCAUCACACCCCUCACCACACCCCUCACCACACCUGCCUCUACUACCUCAAGCUGACUCCCAAAGUUUGCCCUCUUUCGACCCUCUACAAGUCCCUCUGACCCUCCCCUAAAUCCUCGUCUAGUCCUUCUCCUCUUCCUUCCCUUAGAACAGAGUCGUUUAGCGUAGACCUGAUCACCCAACCCUCAUUCUUAUAAGGUCUUCCUCUCCUUGUAUGGGUAGGCAAGCAUAUGGAAGCAUUAGUAUCUUUAUCGGAUCUCACUUAGCGUAUGUACAUCUAUAGGAACUUAUUUUUGGGUUAAGCUGGUGGAGUUUCGAGCGUCGGAAAGUUUCGGUCAAUAUUCCUCGUUUGAAUCCAUUCCAUGUAGUCGGUCGGUCGAGGCACGUUAAUUAAGGCGUCUCCUGGUUUUGGUCUGUUUGCCCUCGUUUCGUUCAGGGUCUGUGCAGGUCUUCCAGCCAGCUUAGAUCUUAGGCCCACAUAACCUCAUUCCCUAUUGCAGCGGUUCCCAAACCCAUGAGUACCUCUAAGGGACGCUGGAGGGUCUCGGAAAAAAGACAUAAUUAUAACUAUAUCAUACUAUAAUGGCCGAUUUUUUAAAUCGCAGUUAGGUCAAAUUUAGAUUUUUCAGUAAUAUAGUUGAAUUACUCCCGAAGGACAUCAUGAAGAUUUUCCUAAACACAUAUUAACAAAAGUAGCUUUGUAUUAAGGCACACAUACACAUACAAUACGGCACGUUAUACGAGUAGCAUUCACGUAUACUACCCGUCCGCCGAGCAGACAGCGAGGGGGCGGAGGAUAAUUUCAUAAAUAUCUGAAAGUAUAACCUAUAAAAAUAAUUGGAAAUAAAUACUAUAUGUUCCAGGUCAAGACUGUAUUUAGGGCCGUAACCAGAAGUGUGGGAACCACUGCCUUAAUAGUCUCCCAGUUAACUAUAGUGUGUUGAUUUGGAGAGUAUUAUAAAGAAAUGGUACUGUUGCAGAAUGUUUUACUCGGCUUAGGUAAUGGUAUAAUGUGAGACUAUUUUUGUCCCUCUCCGCCGAGACAUUCACGUUGUCAUACUGUAGUUUCCCUGAGUCAUUCGGCCAUAUUUCUAUCUCUCAAUGAGAUGUGAAUUACUUACAACUCAAGAGCAACGGUGGUUUGAAUCAGUGUUUUGCCAUAGUUACCUUCCUCACACCUCACUUCCAAUGACAUUUUUCUGGGCCUAUUUGUGCUGUGCUAUUCCCAAGAGAAAAUUAGUAUGAUGGAUGUAGUCAUAAACCCAUACUAGUGCUUCAUAGAAAACUCGUUGAGGACCGGGUCUGGCACACUGAUAUUGGAUCUGACCUCAAGGGAAAGUACUGAGUGGGGAGAGUUUGCAAUACGGGCGAGUGUGGUCACGUCACGCGGGCACGAAACCCAAGCUGGCUGGCAAACCUGUUCACACCGGCCUUGGCGAGGACGUCUCCUGGUUUGUUCCUCUUCGCUUCGUUCGUUCGUCGGCCUCCUGGUCUGUCUCUUCGUUUCGUUCGUUCCCCAUAGACACUGCCGAACCGUGUCAUGUACUCCUAUAAACCCUUCUAACGUCCUCUGUCAGAAUGCAAAUGUGUGUCAGUUAAUUAGGGGACUCUCUUGUCUGUACAACUGUAUAAGCCAUCAUAGGACCGGUAGAGUAGAAAAUGAACGAACGAUUAAGAGAAUGGUCGCUACCGAAUAUAAAAGGCAAAUAUCUUUAGUCGUUUUCGUAUUACUUCAUGUUAAGGUGCAGGGUUGAGUUUCCUGGCCGACUGUCCCUCUCGCCGCCUCCACGUGUGUCGUUGUGUGAGACAUCAGAGGGAGGCGGCGUGACUAACGGGCGUCCUUACAGGUGGGAAGGUGAGCUGUCGCCGCUGUAAUUGGAUAUUGAUUGUCCCCCACUUCCUCGUGUGUGUGUGUGUGUGUGUGUGUGUGUGUGUGUCAGAUAUCGACCCAUGUUUAACGAAGAGGUUCUCGAGACUAAUCGCUUUCUACUUUAAGGAAAAAAAAAUAUCACUAUUCACUCUAUGGUUCGAGACUGUCAUAAGGCAUUCAGUCUUGGCCGUUCGUUCUUUGGAAAGUGUACAGUCGAGAGUCUUAUAAGGUCGGUAUUAUAAGGCACUUCCGCUUCUCACAUCAGCUGUUCAUAAAGGUCAAAGAGGGGGUCAGUCGGGUUUUAAUGAGUGUUUCUUGAGGUUCACGGUACAGAGGAAGGGUCUCACUACCACCAGGGUCAUAAAACUACUACUGGAAAUGCCCACAACUCCUACGAAAGCCUUGUUAAAUAUGUGUUCUUGGGCAGCGAAGUGUCUUAUAAUAUAACCCAUAUAUUUACUGUUAGGUCUGCAGUCAUGAGUUUCAGUGCUAUACAAAAUACUGGUUGUCUCUGGACGCUUCUCAGUCAGUCAGUCUCCAUGGUCUACAAAAACCUCACGUGUCUCAGCUUGGCAAGAAGGUACUGAAUGUUGUGCAGGAAUUAUAUGAAGAGUCGGACGAACAAGUGACAGUAUUCCAAGCUCUCCCUUACUAAGAGAUGAGGGUAUCAGGACACCUCUCCUCCCGAAAUUGACCUCUCUUUCGGCCACCUCUUGAUUUAUUUAUUUUUAUUUUUUUUAUUUUUUUUAAGAGCAGCGAGUAGCGGGCUUUUUCUUAUUAUUGUUUCCUUUUUUUGUGUGCCCUUGAGCUGUCUCCUUUGUUGUAAAAAAAAAAAAAAAUUACCAGUUAUUACCAACUUAAAAACCAACGGCUGCUUCUAAACUUUUUGCCUUCGUUGAAUUCCACAUCUUCAAAUUGCGUUUUUCUAGGCCUAUUUGCGCCACACCAUUAUCAGUAAAAAAUGACACGUUCGAUGUAGCCAUUAAUCGGUUAGAGUGGUUUAUAGAAAGCUUGUAGUGGGUUUGGUCUGACUGACUGAUAGUGUGGGAACUGAUGGCAAGGGAGGAGGAAGGAAGAGCUUGUAAUAUGCGCAAAAUCACUUGAUGUAAAGAGACUGUCGUAGUAUUUUCCAGGGGUGAGGAGUCGGAGUCGGUGGAGUCGGCUACUUUUGGCUGGAGCCGGAGUCGAAGUCGGAGUCGGAAAUUUUUAAAUCCGACUCCACACCCCUGUUUUUUUCUGUGCCUACCUCGCCAGGCAGAGUAUGCAUGCCAGCUCGUACGCACCAUUCCAUUUUGUACGCAGACCAAGGGGGAAAAUACCAUGGGAAAUUUAGCUGAAGGAUGGAAUAUGAACAGGAUGAAAAAAUACGUUCUCUGGGCAAACUUUUUUUCAGUUUUCCAAUUAUGUAAAAAUCCAUUAAUCCGAAUUUCGAACUUGUCAAAAGAUCCUAAUUCGAAUUCUUGCAACCAGGAAAAUAUAAUCACCUCACAAAAUUUACAAACAAACAAACAAACAAACAAAAAAAGAAAUCUAAAGUUCAUGAAAUUAUACCAAAAGACCAAUGGAUUAAAAUUAACGGACUCAUAUUUUUCCCCCACACAAGUACUGUCUGGCACGGAGCGUACAAAUUGGCGUACAAAUAUGUCCCAUUAAAACCACUGUCACCAUUCGUCUGUUUAGGUUGUAUAAAGUCACUCGCCACGAUCUGUUUUUCUCUGCGACUUGCAUCAGUAUUGUAAUAAGGACGUGCCCGCAGGCUUGUGCAGGUCGGGGAGGCUGUCUACACUUUCGAAUUCAUUAUUUAUAAACUUUGAGUCUCUCGAUGUUUGAUUUUCCGAACUUACACGCUAAGCUCCUUCCCUGUUGGCUAUACACGCGGUAACUUUUUUUCUGUUAUUUUUUUACUUGAUUAUUUGAUUUAUUUCUUGAUCACUUUUUCUUUUGUGUUGUUUGCAGAUUUUUUUUUUCCCGCCGUUGUUUUUUGCUCACUUGAUUUAUUUUUUUUAUCAUUUUUUUCUUUCAUUUUCUUUGGGCUUUUUUUUCCCCCUGUUGUUGUUGUUGUUUUUAUCUAAUCUUUUUUUAUCAUCUUUUUUUGUGGGCUUUUCCCCCGUUGUUUAUGUUUCGGCCACCUCGACACGAACUAAUUUCAUAUAUAAACCUUAAGUGUCUUGAUGUUUAAUUUAUCCGAACUUACUUAUAAGCUGAAUCUCCUUACCAAAACAAAGUGGAAAUGAGGAUUCUGAACCUACUUCAUUUUAUCACUCGUUCAACUAUUCAUCUCAUUACCUCAUGGUGUCUUAAGUUAAUAAAAUCAGACACCAACCUCCUCAUAACGUCACCCUCGUAAAAUAAUCGCCUAAGUCAUUUUUCCUCGAUUUCCAGGUUUUUGUUUACAUCAAUUUUUCAACAUGUGACGCCCAUUUUCGUAUAGUUGCCUUCACCAUUCAGGGUUUGAGUGUUCUAGAAUUGGCCUUUUCAUUUCUGUCUAAAUCUUAAGCCAAAUGAGAUAAUGACAAUUCUUUUCUGAUUUCCUGUAAAGUAAAAAAUAAUGACUUUGGCGGUUUGUUUACGAAGGUGACGAUAUGUCGUAACAACACGUAAACAUACACAAGUCCGUAUUCAUAAAAGUAUCCAUCUGGGUCGUUGAACGUAACAGCUGCUUUACGGAUACUGACCCUGAUGUUCCAGCUUUAUGGUCAGUUCCACAGUCCAACACCGUGUCAUUCUAAGCGCCCAAACCAAACUAUAUUCUCCACAGUGAUCCGGUAUUUCUACUCAAUACCAGAUACUAAUAAAGAGCUUCCCUGUGUGGUUUCCUAAAAUUUCCUUCUCCUUUUUAUAUCAACGCCAAACACUAGGCCUACAAGGAGUUUUGAUCGUGUUUUGUGUUUGGUUCGGGAGCUUACGAACGUAGUGUAUUGGACUGUAAAACUGGCCCUUAGCAUCGCCGAGUCUUCUCUUCUUCCCCUUUCCUCCCUUUUCCCUCCAGACUGACUUAACUGGCUGGGGAAGUGAGAUAGUUAGUCUACAGAGAUCGUUUUACUUGAUACAUUUCUUUUCAACUUUUUAUUUUUAUUUUUUCCUGUUAUUUUCUUUACUUGAUUAUUUUGAUUUAUUUCUUGAUCACAUUUUCUCUUGUUUUCUUUGUAGACUUUUUCCCGUUGUUCAGUUUCUUAAUUUAUAUGUUUAUCACUUGUUUUUGCGUUUUUAUCCCCGUAGUUUUGUUUUACUUUCUGAAUUUCUUUAUUUCUAUUUUUUAUUAAUGUCCCUGUUGUUUAAUGUUUACCCUUGAGUACUUCUGAUGUAAAAACAAAACAGAACUCCGCAAUCGUUCAUAUAUUUACUUUUUAACAGAUGAAUUUGAAACACGAAAAUCAUACGCCAUAGUUUUUUUUCGAUUUCACUUUUUAUUUUUUAUUUAUGUACACAGUUUUCGACGUCAGGUACAUUAUUUUCGAAACUUACAUAAUAACAACGGUACACGGAAAGGAAUGAUUAAGAAGCUGGCUGUGCUAAUAGGAAACGUAAUUGAGACGAUAAAGAAAAAAGAAAAA